UAAAUACACACACACACACGCAUUGGCAUAUUGACUUAAAAUUUCACAUGAACACACCCAAAAACUUUAGUACAAGUGCAAACAAAUAUAUUUACAUAUAAACAAACAAAUUUAUAGAGAGCAGAUAAUGUCAGAGCAUACAAUGUUAGUGUCGAGUACUUCAAGGGUCGCACAUUAACGAUAUAAAUUCAGUUCGAAGUGAAGCUUAAAGGCAACAAGUUUAAAGUUGACGAAUUAAAUUGUGCUUAAGACACCUACAAAAGUAAAUAAUCAAAAUGAAAUUCUUCGCAGUAAUUUUGGCAGUGUUCGCAGUGAUCGGCUGCGCGCUGGCGCUUAAGGAUCCCAUCUGUGGUCAGGAGCACUCGGCCGAUGGCACUGGACUGAUCAAGUGUGCCGCUUAUAUGCCCUCGUGGACAUUCGAUGCCACCAACAACAAUUGUUUGAGCUACAUUUAUGGCGGCUGCGGCGGCAAUGACAAUCGUUUCACCACACAGGAAGCUUGCGAGCAAAAAUGCAAGGAAUAAAUGCGACAAGAACAAGGAAAGAAAUGUGUCUCUUAUUUUGGGACACAAUUUUAGGGUCUAAUUGUAAUGUGAUAUAAUUAAAAUGUGGAUAAUAAAACAGGCAACAAAUAUUUCAGGAAAAAUAUGUGAUUUUGCAGAAACAUAAAA